UUCUUCACGUCUAUCUCUCUCUCUGUUUCUGUUUUCAUUAUACCACUCUACUCUCUCUUCCUCCCUUCCUUCAUCCAUGGCCGCCAUCUCCGAACCCCCUUCUUGGCCCGAUCCAAACCCUAACCCUAACCCUAAUUCGGCUCUUGAUCCUGAUCCUCCUUCCUUCCUUUCUCCUCUCGAUGACGAACAUCGGCCCCAAUCUCCAGAACAAUCGGUUCAAGACGAUGGUGACGAUGGCGGCGAUGGCACAGAUCGUGGUGGCUUGGAUAACCAACCCUUUAUUGAAUCCCCAAACCCUAGCCCUAACCCUAGCCUCUACGCUGUACCGACGCCGUCCGCGCUGACGCUUCUCCAUCUCUCGUUCAACCAGGACCAUGGCUGCUUCGCCGCCGGCACUGACCGUGGCUUCCGGAUCUACAACUGUGAUCCGUUUCGGGAGAUCUUUCGUCGUGAUUUUGAUGAAGGUGGCAUCGGUGUUGUUGAGAUGCUUUUCCGAUGUAAUAUUCUUGCUCUUGUGGGCGGUGGUUCUCGGCCGCACUACCCGCCCAGUAAGGUCAUGAUUUGGGAUGAUCACCAAUCGCGUUGCAUCGGUGAGCUCUCGUUUCGGUCGGAAGUGCGGGCUGUUCGGCUUCGGCGGGAUAGGAUUAUUGUGGUUCUUGAUCACAAGAUUUUCGUGUAUAAUUUUGCGGAUUUGAAGCUUGUGCACCAGAUCGAGACGGUGCCGAAUCCUAAGGGGCUUUGCGCGGUGUCGCAGCAGCAAGGAUCGCUGGUGCUUGUCUGCCCUGGUGGGCAGAAGGGGCAAGUGAGGGUGGAGCACUAUGGCGCUCGCAAGACCAAGUUUAUCAUGGCGCACGAUUCGAGGAUAGCUUGCUUUGCCUUGUCGCAGGAUGGGCAACUCAUUGCAACGGCCAGUACUAAGGGGACGCUUAUCCGGGUGUUCAGCACUGCUGAUGGGACUCUUCUUCAAGAGGUAAGGAGAGGCGCUGAUAGAGCUGAGAUACAUAGCCUUGCAUUUUCUGCAAACAUGCAGUGGUUGGUAGUCUCAAGUGACAAAGGAACUGUCCAUGUGUUCAGUCUGAAGGUAAAUUUAGGAUCAACAGGAAGUGAAAAAGCUCGGUCCUCUCCAGAGCCAAAUUCUCAAGGUGUCCAUUCAAUUCCCUCUUUCUUUAGAGGAGUGCUACCAAAGUAUUUCCAUUCUGAAUGGUCAGUAGCACAAUUCAGAUUGCACGAAGGAUCUCAGUACAUUGUUGCAUUUGGCCACCAAAAGAACACAAUUGUGAUUUUGGGAAUGGAUGGAAGCUUUUAUCGGUGCGAGUAUGACCCAGUUGCCGGGGGAGAGAUGAAACAGCUGGAAUGUUACAAUUUUCUGAAAACAGAGGAAGCCUUUUAAUAGCCUAAAUAAGAUGAUAACCUAUUAUUUCUCUCUGGGAUACUGUUGUAAAAAAUAUAAGCAUUUUUAGACUCUUUCAGAACAUGAUGAAAUGUAAAUAUAAAUUGUAUUGACCUGCUUCAGAUAAACUUUGUCAGAUGGAUAUCGAAAACCAGAUGCAUUCCUUGUUUAAAUCAAGCUGCUGUAAAUAAUACUCUGGUCAUGCAUGUAAACAUGUGUGCAAAUGCUUGUUUUGCUGGAAACAAACAAAGCUUUUGUGAUCA